CGGGCAAGACCCGGUGCUGAACUUCUUCGCGCGGAGGAAACGGGCCAAGGAGGCGAAGGAGGAACGCAACAACUUCUACAGCAACUUGACCCACUUCUACCUCUACCCGAAUGUCUGGAGUAGCAAGCCGGGGAAGCACUGCCGGGCGUGGUCCUGGUCCCCGCUGGAAAGGCAGACGUGGUGGAAAGAGAAGUUGGAACAGGACGAGGAUUUUGAGAAACAACAGUUUUCUAACGAGUUGAAGGAGCUUAGAAGGCAGAAAGCGGGGAAGGAAAUCGAGAAAAAACUGGAGAAAAUGUUCGAGCUCGGCUACUAUUCGAAUUUCCAGUUCGCGAAGCAACCGGAUAGAAGUACUGGGGGCUUGUAUGUGGUGGAGGAAGGAGAGGAUUUUGGCGAAAAUAUUAACCACGACGAGGACGAUAAUUUUGGUAUGGAGGAAAAGACGAUCUCGGAGUUAUCGCAGCAUAUCAAAUGUAAAAAUGUCUGGGUCUGGAAGAUUCAUGCUGUUUGUGCAUGACACAGAAGGUCUGGCAUGGAAGCUCUAGCAUCACAGGUUUCGAGAAGCCUCCGCAAUGCCGAACCCGCAUGAGAAAUCCCCCAUUUUGGUGACAGAAUUGAGCAGCUUUUGCUACCUAUGCAUGAGAGAUUUUUCUGUGUUCGAAAAUGCGCAUCACAAGUUCGGAUCCUUCCAGACCCAGACAUUUUUGCAUUUGAUACAGCAAUCCGCUUCGCCAAAGCCGCCGCCGAUCAUCCUUUCCGAGCAAGAAGAUAUUACAGUGAAAAGUGCCCCCAUCCCCAAAGUUGCCAAAAUUUGUGAUGCAAAGUUUCCAAAUGAAAACUUUUUGUCAUGCAUGAAAGGAGUGUGAAUCUCGCUGAUGCAGAGUCUAAGCGUGUAUCGCAUCGCUUGUAUGAAGGCCCGCUCUUGCUGGGGUCUUUUGCAAUACAAAGUUUUGCUAUAAUUCAUGAUUGAAAACCUGUGAUACUGAUAGAUGCAAGAGGGCGAUUGUUUCAUUUGGAAAGGUGAGCAAUACAAAUGCUCCCAAGUUCGGGGGUGGGGGCAUUUUUCAUUGUAAUAGAAGAGCUGGAAAAUUCUCUGAACGCCCAGGCAGCCGCGUCCAAGGGGGCUUUGUCGCUGAGCCCGAAGAAUAAGGAGAACAAGAAAGACACA